CUCAGUGAAGCUGGGCAGCAGUUCUUUGGUGUUAACUACAUGCUUUUUUCACUUCUUUAUUCAUAUCAGGAUGCAGCAGCAGAAAACAGACUCUCCUGAACCCAGCUGUGUGUCCAUGAAGAGUGACUGGUCUAUGGAUCGUCCUAUUAAGUUUAAAGGUGGACAACCUGCUGGUGGAAGGAUGCAGCAGCAGAGAACAGACUCUCCUGAACACAGCUGUGUGUCCAUGAAGAGUGACCGGUCUAUGGAUCCUCCUAUUGUGUUUAAAGAUGGACAACCUGCUGAUGGAAGAGUUCAGCAGCAGAGCUCAGAGGUUCCCAGUGAUCAGUCUGCACAGCAGCAUCAAACACAGCUGGACUCCAUAUUUAUGCUGCUGGAGGAGAACAUCAUCAAUUUUGUGAAGAACGAGCUGAAGAGAGUCCAGAGGGUUCUGAGUCCAGAUGACCCAGAAUGCUUAAAGAGUCAGAGUGAGGAUGAGGAGGUGUUGGACGGUGAGGAGGAAGAGCAGAGGAGGAGCAGCAGAGAGGCAUUUCUGAAGAUCACACUGCACUUCCUGAGGAGAAUGAAGCAGGAGGAUCUGGCUGACUGUCUGCAGAGCAGAACUUUUGCUCCAGAGUGUCAACGUAAACUCAAGUCUAACCUGGAGAAGAAGUUCCAGUGUGUGUUUGAGGGGAUCGCUAAAGCAGGAAACCCAACCCUUCUGAAUCAGAUCUACACACCGCUCUACAUCACAGAGGGAGGGACUGCACAGGUCAAUGAUGAACAUGAGGUCAGACAGAUUGAAACAGCAUCCAGGAAACCAGACAGACCAGAAACAACAAUCAGACAAGAAGACAUCUUUAAAGCCUCACCUGGAAGAGAUGAACCAAUCAGAACAGUGAUGACAAAGGGAGUGGCUGGCAUUGGGAAAACAGUCUUAACACAGAAGUUCACUCUGGACUGGGCUGAAGACAAAGCCAACCAGGACAUACACUUCACAUUUCCAUUCACUUUCAGAGAGCUGAAUGUGCUGAAAGAGAAAAAGUACAGCUUGGUGGAACUUGUUCAUCACUUCUUUACUGAAACCAAAGAAGCAGGAAUCUGCAGGUUUGAAGAGUUCCAGGUUGUGUUCAUCUUUGACGGUCUGGAUGAGUGUCGACUUCCUCUGGACUUCCACAACACUGAGAUUCUGACUGAUGUUACAGAGUCCACCUCAGUGGAUGUACUGCUGACAAACCUCAUCAGUGGGAAACUGCUUCCCUCUGCUCGCCUCUGGAUAACCACACGACCUGCAGCAGCCAAUCAGAUCCCUCCUGAGUGUGUUGACAUGGUGACAGAGGUCAGAGGGUUCACUGACCCACAGAAGGAGGAGUACUUCAGGAAGAGAUUCAGAGAUGAGGAGCAGGCCAGCACCAUCAUCUCCCACAUCAAGACAUCACGAAGCCUCCACAUCAUGUGCCACAUCCCAGUCUUCUGCUGGAUCACUGCUACAGUUCUGGAGGAUGUGUUGAAAAGCAGACAGGGAGGAGAGCUGCCCAAGACCCUGACUGAGAUGUACAUCCACUUCCUGGUGCUUCAGUCCAAACUGAAGAACAUCAAGUAUGAUGGAGGUGCUCUGACAGAUCCACACUGGAGUCCAGAGAGCAGGAAGAUGAUUGAGUCUCUGGGAAAACUGGCUUUUGAGCAGCUGCAGAAAGGCAACCUGAUCUUCUAUGAAUCAGACCUGACAGAGUGUGGCAUCGAUAUCAGAGCAGCCUCAGUGUACUCAGGAGUGUUCACACAGGUCUUUAAAGAGGAGAGAGGGCUGUACCAGGACAAGGUGUUCUGCUUCAUCCAUCUGAGCCUUCAGGAGUUUCUGGCUGCUCUUCAUGUCCAUCUGACAUUCAUCAAGUCUGGAGUCAAUCUGCUGGCAGAAGAUCAACAAGCAUCCAGGUGGUCUAAAACGUUCGGAGGCGAAUCAACACGUUUCUACCAGGGUGCUGUGAACGAAGCCUUAAAGAGUCCAAAUGGCCACCUGGACUUGUUUCUCCGCUUCCUCCUGGGUCUUUCACUACAGACCAAUCAGACUCUCCUACGAGGUCUGCUGACACAGACAGGAUUUGACUCACAGACCAAUCAGGAAACAAUCGAGUACAUCAAAAGGAAGAUAAGUGAGAAUGUGUCUGCAGAGAGAAGCAUCAAUCUGUUCCACUGUCUGAAUGAACUGAAUGAUCGUUCUCUAGUGGAGCAGAUCCAACAGUCCCUGAGAUCAGGAAGAUUCUCCACAGAUAAACUGUCUCCUGCUCAGUGGUCAGCUCUGGGCUUCAUCUUACUGUCAUCAGAAAAAGAUCUGGAUGUGUUUGACCUGAAGAAAUACUCUGCUUCAGAGGAGGCUCUUCUGAGGCUGCUGCCAGUGGUCAAAGCCUCCAACAAAGCUCUGUUGACUGACUGUAACCUCUCCGAGAGAAGCUGUGCAGCUCUGUCCUCAGUUCUCAGCUCCCAGUCCUCUAGUCUGAGAGAUCUGGACCUGAGUCACAACAACCUGCAGGAUUCAGGAGUGAAGCAGCUUUCUGCUGGACUGGAGAGUCCACACUGCAGACUGGAAACCUUCAGACUGAGUGACUGUAACCUCUCAGAGAAAAGCUGUGCAGCUCUGUCCUCAGUUCUCAGUUCCCAGUCCUCUAGUCUGAGAGAUCUGGACCUGAGUCACAACGACCUGCAGGAUUCAGGAGUAGACGUAUGUCAACUGGCUGAGGUUGAACACCUGCUGGGCCAUGUCCCGGAGCCGGAACAAUUAACCCCAGCCCAGCGAUUGCCUCCAGCUCAGCUUAGCCGAUCUAAACGUCGGGCUGCUGAGACUGUGGCUGCCUUCUCCUGGAAGAGGGCCAAGGGGUCUAAACUGGCCUCCAAGGUGGACCAGUUGACUGAGGAGCUAAAUCAAGUGAAGUCCCUCUUCCUAGCCCUCCAGUCUGGGACUGGUGCAAGGGAUGUGGGUGCUCCUGCUCCUCCUGCGGCCAUGUUCGAUCCGGAGGAUGAUGCGCUCUCCGUGGCGGCAUCAGCCACUGAGUUCGCUGACUAUGGGGCGGACGUGGUUCCCCAGGACGUUGCCUCCCACGCCUCUGGGGUGAGCUCCUGCUCCUCGGCCCGCAGUUGUGGUGCUGGGUCCGAGGAUAGCUCUAUGGGAGCCAUCAUUUGUAUGGCCCUGGCCCGCCUGCAAUUGGACGUUCCGCAAGCUCAGCUGGCUCCUGCCAGUGUUUUUUUCAGGCGUGGUCCAGCCCCUGCCACUUUUACUGUGCCUCCGUCAGAUGAAUACCUGAGGGAGUUGCACGCAUGCUUGAGGGAUACUAGAGCCCUCUCUCAUGCAACAUUUGAUGGCCGGACCCUGGCAGCCAUGCAGGAUGCAGCCAAGUUUGGCUUGGCCCACAUGCCAGCAGUUGAGCCGACUAAAGCGGCCGUCAUUGUUUCGCCUGAUGAGGCUCUGAGGCCGGAUGCCAGGUGUCCUCGCCCCCAGUGUCGGGUUACAGAUGAUCUGCUCUGUAAGGCCUAUGACGCAGCAGCACGCAUUGGCAAUUCUCCGUCGCAUCUGAUGCUUGCUCUUUCAGCAUCCCUGCAGGAGGCUACGCUGGACGCUUCCGUCCACAGUUUUGGUGAAACGUCUCUGCAGGCUUUUGCUUUGAUGUCCAGAGAACUGGGGCACUUGAUGUCCACUGUUGUCCAGGCUCGCCGCAAGGUGUGGCUGGCACAGUCGCCUCUCACUGAGACGUGCCGGAGAACCCUCCGCAGUGUCCCAGUGGAACCCGGCCUGGGGGUUCUUCAGCUGCCCCUCGGCGCCGCUCUCAGCCACAGACUUUACCCAGUGUCUACCUUAGGUCUCAGCGACCUGUUCAACAGCCUGCUCAACGGGGGGCUCAGGGCUUUCGAGCCCCUGAACGACUGCCCUCUAGACAACCUCAGACCUUUGAUGCUGCCCGUCGUCCCCCCAGGGCCUCUAGAGGCCGGGGGACCAGGCGCUGAGAUCCUGGGGCCGGUCGUCAGCUGUUUCUGCUUCCACCUUAAACCACGGGUACAGACUUCAGUUCCGACGCCGGCCCCCAGCCUUCGGCCGGGUCAAGAUGACCAUCAUACGCGACCCGGCAAAAGCCCAUGCCCUCAACCAGGAGUUGUCCGCCCUCCUGGACAAGGAAGCCAUCGAGCCAGUAGACCCCCUGUCACCACCCGGGGGUUUCAUUCGACUUACUUUCUUGUCAAAAAGAAAGACGGCGGACUCCGCCCUAUCCUCGACUUGAGGGGACUCAAUAGGUUCCUCAAGGCUUUGAGGUUCCACAUGCUCAGCACUUCAGAGGUUCUGCGUACUGUUGCCAGAGGGGAGUGGUUUACUUCAAUAGACCUGAAAGAUGAGUACUUUCAUGUCCACAUAGCACCACACCACAGACAAUUUCUGCGGUUUGCCUUUCAGGGCCGCCAUUUCCAGUUCAGGGUGCUCCCGUUCGGCCUCUCCCUUUCUCCACUGGUGUUCACCAGGUGUGUGGCAGCAGCCCUCUCGGGGCAUGAAGAUCCUGCCGUAUCUGGACGACUGGCUUGUUUGUGCGCCAUCCCAGUCUCAGGUGACCUGGGACACAGCGAUUUUCCUCUCGCAUGUGGCACAGCUCGGUCUAAGAGUGAAUUUCCCAAAGAGCCGCCUGGUUCCCUCACAGAGCAAGCUGACGGCUGCUGCCACUGUGGUUCCCUUAGGGUUGCUGUCACUACUUCCCCUUCAGAGGUGGCUUCCACUUGGAUGCACCUUGUGGCACCGGCACAGGAAACUCAAGGUAUAACUGUGUUGCCUCCUUGCUCUGACUCCAUUGAGGAACCGGACAGCUCGGGGGCUGUGGCCUGCACGGGACCGCUCGGAGCAUAUCAAUGUGCUGGAGUUACGGGCCGUGCACAUGGCACUGCAGUUUUUUCUUCCGUUCCUGAGAGGGAGGCAUGUGCUAGUACGGUCGGACAAUGUCUCAACCGUCUCUCACAUAAACCACCAGGGGGGAACCAGGUCUGCACGGUUGUUGCAGGUGUCCCGGGACCUCCUGUUGUGGGCGGCUCCCCGCCUAGCCAGCAUGAGGGCGACUUCCUAUCCUGUUGCAAGCCUCCACCGGGGGAGUGGCUGCUACAUCCAGAGGUGGUGUUCAACAUCUGGGACGUCUUCGGCAGGGCAGAGGUGGAUCUCUUUGCCACAGAGGAGUCGACCCAUUGCCCCCUCUUGUUCUCCUUGACAGAGGAGACCAGCCCUCUGGGCCAGGAUGCUCUCGCCCACGAUUGGCCAGAGGGUCUUCUCUAUGCCUUUCCACCGAUCCCUCUGAUUCUUCAAAUACUGCAAAGGGUCCUCCAGCAUGGCCACAGGCUGCUGUUGGUAGCCCCCUUCUGGCUGGGGAGGACAUGGUUUCCUCUGCUGCACAGGCUCUGCCGCAGCUCACCGUGGCGUCUCCCUGACAGGAUGGAUCUCCUGUCUCAGUUAGGGGGCCAGAUUUGGCAUCCCAACCCUCAUCGCCUGCAGUUUUGGGGAGCCAUGAGGUUACGACCCCCACAGGCACAGAGAGCUCCAGUAUGGGAUCUGCCCCUGGUGCUGGACGCUUUGUGUCUGCCCCCCUUUGAGCCCCUGGCACAGGCAGAGUUGAAGUGGGUGUCUGCUAAGACUGCUUUUCUCCUCGCCAUCACUUCAGCGAAGCUUGUUGGGGAGCUAAAUGCUCUCUCUGUUCACUUACUCUGUAUGUCCAAAGCUUUCAGUCACAUCUCAUGGUCUUCCUCAUUGAUGGAGUGUCUCAGUUGUCAUGGAGAUGGUUUAAGUUUGAAUGGUUUCAGUAAAGUUGUUAAUAAAUCAACAGAUGAUAAACUGCAGCUGUAUUGUGUCUCGUUCUCUCCAUCAGAUGCCUGUGAACUGGAACUGGAUCCAAACACAAUGAACAGAAGACUCAAACUGUCUGACAACAACAGGAAGGUGACAUAUGUGAUGGAGGAGGAUCAGUCAUAUCCUGAUCAUCCAGACAGAUUUGACUACCAUCCUCAGCUGCUGUGUAGAAAUGAUCUGACUGGUCGCUGUUACUGGGAGGUCGAGUGGAGAGGAAGCGUUUAUAUAUCAGUGAGUUACAGAGGAAUCAGCAGAAAAGGAAGUGAUGACUGUAGGUUUGGAGGGAACGAUCAGUCCUGGAGUCUGGAGUCCUCUGAUGAUGGUCGUUACUUUGUCUGGCACAAUAACAAAGAAACAUCCAUCUCUUCCUCCUCCUCCCUCUCCUCCUCCUCCUCCUCCUCCUCUGUCUCUAACAGAGUAGCAGUGUAUGUGGACUGUCCUGCUGGCACCCUGUCCUUCUACAGAGUCUCCUCUGACACUCUGAUCCACCUCCACACCUUCAACACCACAUUCACUGAACCUCUGUGUGCUGGGUUUGCAGUCUGGUCUGGUUCAGCAGUCUCUCUGUGUCUCUGUAGGAGGGAGAGUCUCUCUGUGUCUGUAGGAGGGAGAGUCUCUCUGUGUUCUCUGUAGGAGGGAGAGUCUCUCUGUGUCUCUGUAGGAGGGAGAGUCUCUCUGUGUCUCUGUAGGAGGGAGAGUCUCUCCUGUGGACAGAAACUCUGCUGACUGAAGAUCAGCUGCUGAAAUCAAACAUCACACACUCUGCACUGUGAAGCAGAUCUGUCUCAGACUCAAACACUCAGUUAUUUUUCCUUCUACAUGAUUCAUUGAUUAGUCUCAGUUGACUCUGCUGUUGUUACUGUCAGGAUCUAAUGAGCAGCAUGCAGCUCUAUUCAUGUUUCAAUCUAAUAACAUCUGUCCAGCUGUGGAAGCCCACGGUGUUUUUGUGCUUCUCACAUGUAUUUUAUCUGAUCAUCAUCAAUAAAAACUAUUCAUGACAUUAUUGUUGAAAGCAUCCUCACUUUACUGACACAAUGGAUAAUAUAACAAGCUUUAUAAAUACAACACAUUGUUAAAG